AUGUGGAACGACGAAGAUAAUAAUCCAUAUGGAGCGCUGGACCGCAACGAAGAUCCUCUUGCAGGGUCCUUUCACCCUGCCGCAAUGGCUCCCCCCGCAUAUGAAGAACGCCCGGUAUCCCCGGCCUCAUCAAGGUCGUCCACUCGAGACCCGCCAGACUUUGUAACACGGACAGACACGCCCGAUCUAGACGAUGAUGAAGACCAGAACGAGUACGGCGGCCAGCAGCACGGGCAGCAGCCAUACCAACGCAAGAAGGGAAUAUACGAUAGUAGAAUAGAGCAAAUUCUAUACGAGAAUCCAGAAUUACCUAUUCUUAUCACUCAUGCCGGAAAGAAUAGUGAGACUGGCGGCAGUUUUAUAGUAUACACCAUCAGGACCGGGGACCUCGAGGUUAGGCGUCGGUAUUCCGAGUUCAGCUCACUCCGCGCAACGCUAGUCAACCUUCACCCUACGCUGAUAAUCCCUCCUAUCCCCGAGAAGCACACCAUGGCAGAAUAUGCGGCCAAACCUACUAAGGCUAAGGAAGAUACAGCAAUCAUUGAACUGCGGAAACGGAUGUUGGCAGUGUUUCUGAAUCGGUGCCGGAGAAUGAGUGAAAUCCGUGAAGAUGGUGUCUGGUGGAGGUUUCUGGACCCCAAUGCUAGCUGGGGCGAGGUACUGAACUCGCAUCCAGCUGCAUCUGUUCCUAAGAACAACCUCAAGGCUCCUCCACUAGACCCAGCUAACCCGACACCAGCUCAUAACUGGCUGCCUGUCCCCUCGUCUUCUGCAAAAUUGAAGCCCACGGCUUCGGAGGUUUCCUCCUCGGCUGGGGCUCCGUCAUAUAUGAACAGGUUUCCGCCAACUUCUAAGACUCUCAGUGAACAUGAAUUGGAUCCAUACUUUGUAAACUUUGAAGCUUCUACCAGGGAGCUAGAGCUUCUUCUCCAGGGAAGCGUCGAGAAAGUGAACAGACGGACACUUACACAUCUGACUUCCCUCUCGUCGGAUCUCAUGGAACUUGGCGCAAGGUAUAACGGCUUUGCGCUUUCCGAGCAGUCUCCAACGGUUGCUGCAGCUAUCGAGAGAGUCGGUCAGGCGGCGGAUAACUCGUAUAUCGAGACAGAAGAGCUCUCGUCCUCCCUGGGAGCUACUUUCUCAGAGCCUAUGCGAGAAAGUGCCCAGUUUGCUGGAGUUGUUAGAGGUGUCCUCCGUUACCGGAUCCUGAAACGGAUCCAGCAGGAGAUAACCAGAGACGAGCUGAAUAAGAAGAGCGCCCUAUUAGAUUCCCUUGAGCGAAGUGAGAUAGAAGCACAGCGUAUCGAGGAAUACCUAAACAAGGGCAGCACAGGCACGUCUCCUAAGACACGACCAGGACGCUCUCUGUCAGAGACCUCGUCUGGCAGCAACCCCGAGCCAGCGCCAGAGUCUCCGCCAGCAAACGCAGAGGACACGGCCUCUAUUGAUUCUGAUUUCCCUCCAACCCAUGGCGAGCCCGUACACCGGCCAUCUGCCUCGCAGGGUCUCCCCCAUCGUCCCGUAGACUCAACGCCCAGCGGCCACCGCAAGUCAUCAAGCGGCAACUUUGUCACCAACAAGAUAUUCGGGCGUAUCAGCCAUGCCAUCCAUGGCUUUGCAGACGUUGAUCCCGAGCGGACACGUCGGGACCAAAUCGGCAAGACAAAGGAGAGCCUAACGCAGCUUGAGCAAGCCCUUAAGGUAUCCGAGCAAGACGUCAAGGACGCCAGCAGCGGUGUUCUGCGGGAUCUCAAACGCUUUCAAAAGGAGAAGGAAGACGACCUCCGCAGCUACAUGGUUGCGUAUGCACGAUGCCAUCUUGACUGGGCGCGCAAGAGUCUCGAGACAUGGACAGAGGCUCGAGAUGAAGUCGACAAAAUCGCUGUUCGGUAG